UUAUCAUGCUUCUUGGAAAAUCCUUCAGUUGACAAAAUUGACGCAUUACGAAAAGAUAAUUUAAUGCAAAUAGCUGUCCAUUUCAACAUCUCAUUUCAGAAACAAAUCCUAAAAAGAGACCUCAAAUCAUUGGUUAAAGGUAAGUUGGUGGAACUUGGAGUGAUUGUGUUGCCGGUGCUGUCUGAUUCACCUGUGCCUGCGGAGGCUAAAGAGCGGCCCAGAACGCCGUUCACGCUGCCACGCUAUGACCCCUCCUCCUCAGCGAGCACUGAUUCCUUGGGUGAGGCCAGACUGAAGGUGAGGCUCGCCCGACUCCAGAUGGAGUCACAAGAAAAAGUCGAGAGUCGGCAGAAUCAGCUUAAGCUGGAGAUACGCCGCAUGGAGAUAGAGGCUGACAAGGCAGUCCGCCUCCGGCAGCUGGAGCUAGAGGCUCAGCUGAGAGAAACCCCAGCACCGAGCGCACCGGCAGAUUCAGGUACAUCGCUCCCUUCCACCAGCUCUACCUUAGAAAAUUUCGACAUUGGAAAGCAAAUAACGCUUGUUCCUCCCUUCAGAGAAGCUGAGGUCGACAGUUAUUUCUCCGCCUUUGAGCGCAUUGCGUCUGCGCUCCGGUGGCCGUACAGUGUGUGGCCACUCCUGUUACAGUGCAAAAUCCAUGGUAAGGCCCAAGAAGCAAUUGCUGUUCUUCCUAUGGAAGACAGCUUAAAUUACGACAAGGUUAAAGCAUCAAUUUUGCGUGCCUAUGAACUAGUACCUGAAGCUUACCGCCAGAAAUUUAGGAACCACAGGAAGCCCCCUGCUCAAACUUAUGUUGAGUUUGCGAGGGAAAAGGGAAACCUUUUCGAUAAGUGGAUUUCUGCGUGCAAAUCAACCGACUAUGAAUCCUUGCGUGAGUUAGUUCUCCUUGAAGAAUUUAAAAACUGCCUGCCUGAGCGAAUCGUUGUCUAUUUAAAUGAGCAGAAAGUGUUGUCUCUCUCUGCUGCCUCUAUUCUGGCUGAUGAAUAUGUGCUUACGCAUAAAUCUGUGUUUCAGUCAGCCUCUGAAAAACCUCGUGUUUCUGCACCACAAACUGUGCAAACCAGGGUUUUUAAUAAAAAAGAGGAGCGAGAUUGCUUUUACUGCCACCGACCUGGACAUCUCAUCGCCAACUGCCCGACACUAAAACGAAAAGAACAAAAUGGGAGUGGGUCGCCUCCUAAAGGUGUUGGGUUGAUUAAAACGGAGAAAUGUGCUAACUCUAACCUUGUGUCCUCUGUUUGCCCAGAUCCAUGUUUCGAGCCGUUUUUGUUCGAUGGGCUGGUAUCUCUAACGGGUAAGUCUGUUGAUCAGUGUCCAGUGCGCAUCCUGAGAGACACCGGUGGCUCUCAGUCUGUUAUACUGGCUAGUGUAUUACCAUUUUCUGAGAAGUCCUCAUGUGGUUAUAGUGUUGCCCUGCAGGGAAUCGAGAUGGGUUACGUACCCCAGCCUGUGCACAAAAUUCACCUCGAGUCCAACCUGGUAACUGGGUUUUAUCCUGUGGCUGUUUGUACUGCUCUGCCCAUAAAAGGGGUAGUAUUGUUGUUGGGAAACGACAUAGCUGGUGGUAAAGUUAUCCCUACGCUUGAGGUAUUGGCUUCCCCUCAGAGCGUUCAGAUCCACGAUGAAAUGGAAUCUGAAAUUUUUCCCUCUUGUGCCAUCACCCGGGCACAAGCCCGGAAACUUGAUGAAUUUUCCCUUUCUGAUUCGGUGAUUAUGUCUGCUUUUUCCGAGGAAAAUGCAAGCCCCGUGGCGGAGAAAGCUCCCGCAUCCCCGCCCUCUGUAUGCACCAAGCUGAUGUGCUCCAACGGUCAGAGUCCGCCCUUGUUGGAGAGUCUGACGCUGCCGGUGGGCAGUGAACGUCUCGCCGCCGCGCAGAGGGCUGACCCGACCCUGCAGCGUUGCUUUGAAAGUGUGGUUUGCAUCUUAAGGGGAGGGGUGUUACGGCUGUGGCCAUCUUGGAAUCUCUUCUCUCUCUCGUGUGUGUCUGUGUGUGUGUCUGUGUCUGUGUGUGUGUGCUCAACGAGGACCAAUUCUGCCGAUGAAGAACACCUGCGCUGUGUGCCCUGGUUGGACAGCCGACCGCCCGCCCUCAGCCAAUCAGCAGAAGUUGGGGUAUAAGAAGCAGGUGGACCCACCAUUCCGAAGCCAGCUGUAACCAGCCGAGCUCCUGUGCUGUUGCUCUGUGUACUCAGAACCCUUGCUAGACUGUGAACUCUGUUAGAUACCUUAGUUUGGGUGCUGUUUCGAUUGUGUGGGUUAUUUUGGGAUAGUGGGUGUUGUUUUUGUAUUUAAGACAAUAGCUCCGUUGGAGUCUUUUUUUGUUCUCGUUUUAAUUUGGUUUCGAAGCACCCUUAGUAUUUGCCUCUCUUUUUGUUGUCAUUCCUUGUUAAAACAAGCGCCUUUUGUUAAUUAAAAAUAACUUUUAAACCUCAUAACACCUGGGUAUUUUUAUGUUACUUCCCUUUUCCCUUUCCAACGAGCUGGUCGUAA